AUGCUAUCAAUAUCUACGCUCUUCGUCUUGAUCUCAAUUGGAUUAGUUUACAAUACACCUGUUAGGGGGAAAUCUUGCGAAGCUCAAGUAUACAAUUCACCAGGUGUAUGCGAGAGUCGAUUAUUCAUCCCCCAACCGUGUGACUCGGCGACGCUCGAAUUGGGAGCGACAAAUUUCAAAACAUGUACUGAUGUUAGGCUUUCAUGGGAUUAUCCGACAAAUAACUUAACGAUGAUAAUUGAAACACCUUUCACACAACAGCGUCAACCAUAUGCUGUUAAUCUUGACAGUUAUUGGAUGUUUGGUGGUAAAACCUAUCGAGUACUAGACGGCAAAGAAACUGAAUUGAAAUCAGAUGGUAAAGCUGCACCACAAAAAUCGGAUUCCAAUUACCAGGUUAUAUUUAAGCUACAGUUUCCUCCAUCGCUCACCUUAUAUGGGUUAUCAUCUGGCGAGUUGUUGGGAGUUGCUGUUACGCGGCUAGAAGCUGGUGGCAGCUGCGAUGCGCUUGUUGGUCGUUCCUCGUGGUGGCCUCUAGAUAGAUCACCCAUUAUGGAGGAAUUGAUUGAGCCUGCGUUGGUGCGCCCGAUGCCAUUGAUCCAGCAAUUAUCGUUAACUGCUAGUUUCAUCCGAAAUUGUAGCUUUCGAUAUGAUGAUCAAGCUUUGGCGCGUGUCGUAGAAUGUGGACACUGCAAGCGUCUGAAGAGUGAGGCCAUUCAGGCUCCAGGCUGUAUUUCAUUUUCUCCCUUAGGCUACGAACAACGGAGUGAGCAUGCCGUUUCUGCCCUGCUUGGAAAAUCAGUUUAA